UUAUUAUCAAUCCCACACUCAACACCUGAAAAUCUACGAAAUGCUUUAAGAAAUUACAUUAAUGCUUGUCAAUCUAAUUCGAGAGGUGAAAUUAUUAAGGGCAACUGCGUAGUUAUACCUGAUUAUUUGUUACACGAAUCUGGAACUUUAGAAGAGAUUAAAGUUUAUAAUACACAGUCGACAAAUUUAUUACAAACGAAUGAUAAUGUUCCGUUGACUCGUCUUGUAGAGAUCCUAAAAUGUCUUGCGGAGGUUUUUCAACUCAAGCUCGAAGAUAUUCAUGUCUAUUAUGAUAACGAUUCAAGUAAAGUCGCUUUUAAUAGGGACAAAAAAUUGUAUUUCAAUUUUUAA